AUGAAUUUACCCGUAGACAAACCUUAUUUUUAUCUUAACCAUUCAGAAUUUAAAAUGUUACCACGCGGUACGUACGUAAAAAAUUUAACCGUACGUAUUGUCAUGCGUAAUCCAAGAACAGCUUUCGAAACAAACGCAAGUACAACGACGUUGGCCACGUUAAAUCAAAAUAAAUUCGCAUUUGGCGCAGCUACAAUUGACGAAUCGUUUCACACAGAAAUAUCAAAAUAUAUGUACGGAUCGACGAAUAACGCACCAGAUACGGAAAUUAUACCUGCAUCGUAUUGUAAUAUGCCAAUUUUUAAUAAUAAUUAUUAUUGCAUGGUUGCCAGUAAAGCAUUAAACGGAUCAGUGGGCUGGCCGAAAAUAAAUGAAUUUAUAACUAAAUUGGACGCCAGUUCGGUCAUCGGCAAAACAAUAUAUAAUUAUAAUUAUACACCGAAAAUCUCAUAUUUAACGGCACCAUGGACAAACAAGUUCAACGGUCUGUUCAACAACGGUGAUCCUGCCAUCAAGUCCUUCGGUUUGACUACAAUGCAACAAGGAGCUAUAAAUCGUAUUUCUAUUUUGCAAAUGGAUAAAAAUACAGAAAAACAUACUUCGUCGGAACUCGCCGAAUUAAAUCCUAAAAAUUUUAAUCAACAUGGCCUGGAUUCGACACAAGGCGAUACAAUGCAACCUAGUAUACAUAUAGGUAUAUAUCCGGUUCACAAAAUGACGACUACCACUAAUAGUGUAAUACCUCAAGAUUAUACUGAUGUAGAAUGUACGUGGGACAUUUUUACGGAAAUGGAAGUAGCAUUAAUUGGAUUUCCAAAUCACUUUACGCAUUUCGAUGAACCACACGUUUUACCAGAAAAUACGUUGUACACGUUUAAUUCCACAGACGAUUAUUAUUUCCACGAAAAUUUAUCGUCUUACGAUAAUAGAUACGUCACUCCUAUCAACACGACAGUAACAACGGGGUCAACAGAGUCAACCUCACGUAGCCGUAACACAUAA